UUCUUUUUCAGUUGAAGGAUGGCAAUGGCUUCUGCUCUGACGAACAAUUGGGUUAUUUCUGGAUCAUCUCAGCGUGGAUCCAAGAAUAAUAAUUCUGAUGGUUCCUUCAUGGUACCAGCUCGGAACCAUAAUGUGAUCAACAGAAAACACCUCUUGCUCCAAGAAAAGGAUGCUUCUACUGGUUGGCAGGUCACCAAAGCUGCACCAGAAAAUUCCAUCAAUGCUAUUCACACCCCAAUGAAAACAAAAUGGUGGGAGAAGAACAUGAAAUUUGGCAACAUGAAAAACAUUGAAUCACAAGAAGAUUUUGACAAGCAGCUCCUGUUGGCCAGUGAUAAGCUCACCGUGGUGCACUUCUUUUCCCCUAGCUGUGGAGCUUGUAAGGCCCUACACCCUAAGGUAUGUCAAUUGGCCGGCAUGCAUCCAGAACUGCAGUUUCUUAUGGUCAACUGCAAUGAACACAAAGAGAUGUGCCAGAGGCUCAAUGUUCAUGUAUUGCCAAUGUUCCGCUUUUACAGAGGUGCAGAAGGCCGCAUCUGUAGCUUCAGCUGUACCAUUUCAACUAUUCACAAGAUCAAAGAUGCAUUGGAAAGGCAUGGAGUACAGCUAGAGAAUCUUGGACCAGAAAAAGGAUUGGAGGAACCAGAACUUCAGAAUGGAGGCAUGGGUGCUUUUGUGCCCAACAAUGAAUAGGAA